AUGCCUUCUGCCGGUCAUUUGCGCGCCUACUGGCUCGGCUGCAUCGUUUGUAUCGGGGGGUUUCUGUUCGGCUACGACUCGGGCAUCGUCGGUGGUGUACUGACGCUUGGCUCCUUCCAAAAUGACUACCAAUUCACAAAGAGCGAGAAGACGCGGGUCUCGUCGCUCAGUGUCUCCCUGCAGCAGCUCGGCGCCUUUGUUGCCUGCUUCAUCAUCUGGCCCUUGACGGACCGCUAUGGACGCAAGAAGUCUCUGAUGGUGUCUGCAUUCAUCUUCAGCAUCGGUGCCAUGAUCCAGACCAUCAACACGCGCUCCCUGGCUGCCUUUUACGUCGCUCGCGUCAUCGCCGGCUUGGGCUUGGGUGGGGCUUCCGUCGUAGUGCCCAUGUACAACUCGGAGAUGGCGCCUACCGAGCUUCGCGGCCGGAUGGGGAGUUUCUUCCAAUGGUUUUACACCUGGGGCAUCUUCACCAGCUAUUGGGUCGACUACGGCGUUAAGAAAGACUACCCCGAGAUCUCGAGGCAGUGGCAGAUCCCGAUCGGCCUGCAGAUCCUCUUUGCUGGUCUACUUGGCCUCGGCAUGUUUACUCUGAAAGAGAGCACGCGUUGGCUCACCAAGGUCGGCCGCCACGACGAGGCCUGGGAGAGCUUGCAGUGGAUUCGUGCCGACAGCUCUGAGAAGACGCAAGAUGAGAUGGAAGAGAUUCGCGCUGCUGUCGCCAUGGAAGCUCGCCAGACUGAGGGGUUCCGUUUGAAGGAACUCCUCGAGCCCACCAACUUCAAAGCCCUCACCGUCGCCUUCUGCGUCUUCAUGGCGCAACAGGCCACGGGCGCCACCGCCUUCGCCUACUACGGCCCGCAGUACUUCCAGCUGCUCGUCGGCGACGACGACGAGAAGAACCUGCUGUUGACGGCCAUCUUCGGCGUGAUCAAAGUCGUCGGAUGCGGCAUCUUCGUGCUGUGGUUCGCAGACCGCUUCGGCCGACGCAGCGUCCUGAUCGGAGGCGCGUUGUUCAUGGCCGCGUGCCAAGUGACGACGGCGGCCGUGGUCAAGAACAUCCAGCCGCCGGGUGAUGGCAGCGUCACGAGUGCGGGCAUUGCCACCGUCGCGCUGAUCUAUAUGUUUGUUAUUGCGUACAACUUUUCGUGGGGGCCGCUGCCUUGGCCCUAUGUUUCUGAGAUCUUCACCACCCGCAUCCGUGACCCCGGUGUCGCUGUCGGUGUUGCAAGCCAGUGGCUCUUUAACUUUGUCUUCUCGCUCACGACGCCCUACAUGAUCGACGACAUUGGCUGGGGCACGUUCCUCCUCUGGGGCCUCUUCGACCUCGUCAUCGCAUUAGGGACGUUCUUCUUCCUACGCGAGACGGCUGGCCUCUCGCUCGAGGAAAUCGCGCACAAGGACCUGUUUGCGGGCCAUGGUGCGAUGACGAGCGAGGAGCGCGCGGCUAAGGGGCUCGAUGUCGAUGAUGAAGGGUCUAAGGAGCCGAGGGAGCGGAGAAAGAGCGCUGAGAGCGAGUCGUAG